CGCCCCCCGACCCACCGCAUCUAGUUCGGCGAAGGGGCUGCCGCAGCUCCCUCGCUCGUAUCUCCACCGCCCCCUUCGCCCCUCCUCCAUCCCUUCUUUCUGCGGGCGCCCUCUAGUGAUCUGACUUCAGCUUCCACCACCAGCUUCCUCGGCCAGCCGGCAAGGGAGGCAACAGUCGCGGAGCACAACCAGCCGAUUGUCCUUCGCCCAGAGUCGGCUUCUCCAGCGUCUGUCUUCUGCAGCUGGCCACCUAACUGAAGAGACUGGCAAUAGCAGGGAUCUAAUUUGCAGGCAACCAAUUUCAUGGAGGAUUUAGAAAAUAAUGAAGAACCCCCCAGAACUCAGUUGGAGAUCUGGCAUCUCGUUUAGACAUUGUAAAGCCAGCCAGACACACUGAAAACUUCUCACAAUCACUUUUGAUCUCAGCAGCUGGUUCCAUCCAGCAUCUUGCGAAGGGCACAGUUGUCCACCACCACCACAACAAAUUGCAACUUGUGGACUUAGCGGUGCCCUGGAUGGCAGAUCCAGUGUCCUACUUCCAGCUUGCAGCCUCUCACAUAUGGACUCAGUUCAUCAGAAACUUUGGAUUGCUUUCUUGCUCCUCUGCUGCCUGGCAUUGACUGGGUCAGUUGGCAUCCUGGAUCCAGCAAUCCCGAAGCAACUUGACAGCCAUCAACUGAGCCAGUUUGUUCACCAGCUCCACCACUUAUGUGCUUCCUCUCCACCCUUGCCUGCCUGUUCCACCAUCCAAGAACAACAUCUGGGAUGUUAGGCUGAAAGACCAUCACAGACCUAAGCAUACUGAGAGUCCCUUUUUAGCCAAUUAAAUCCGGAUCUACACUUAAACUUUGGUCUGCCUCUGAUCAGCCAAGCUAAGGUAACUCCCAGGCAUCAUGUCAGGAGAUUAUGAUGAGGAUAGGCAUCGCAAGGCAAUGGAGCUCCUUCAUGUGCUGUGUUCCAACACAUGUGCUGCCCAGGAACGUGAAAAGUGUCAGGAACUGACAGGGCAUGUGGGUCCCAUCAACACAGAGAUCCUGGUUAGUCUUCUGUCAGUGAUUGUGACUUUCUGUGGGAUUGUGCUGCUGGGCGUCUCCCUUUUCGUCUCUUGGAAACUAUGUUGGAUCCCCUGGCGAGACAAAGGAUCCUCAUCACAAACUCAGCGCAAGGAGCAUCCCCUCCAUGCUCAUCUCCACCACUCGCCUUUUGGGGAUCUCCUGGCUGAGCGGGUAGAACUGGGUCCUGAAAUGCCUGAGAGAUCAUACCUCGAUAUGGAUUCCUAUCCUGAGGCCAACCUCAAGGUUAGCCAAACCUCCCCUGACCUCCCCGUGGAAAGUCAGACCGGUACCAAGGAAGGCAGCAUUCCCAAUGCUCACUCCCACCAGCAAGUAGCAAGCUUGGCACCCACUCCCAGGUACAAUACACUGCCACGUCCUGUGACCCAGCAAUUGAGCAGCCCAGACACUGGAGUCCAUGGUGGAGAAGACAAGGUGGAACAAGUGACCAGCAUUGGGCAGAUAAAACCUGAACUGUAUAAACAGCGGUCAGGUGAGGCAGACUCUAAGAAAGGGGAGGCUCCAAGCUGUGGACAAUUGAGUUUUGCCCUCCGUUACGCCUAUGGCACGGAGCAGCUGGUGGUCAGGAUACUCCGGGCUUUGGACCUACCUGCCAAAGAUGCGAAUGGUUUCUCUGACCCCUAUGUGAAAAUGUACCUUCUGCCUGACCGUAAAAAGAAAUUCCAGACAAAGGUGCAUCGCAAAACCCUCAAUCCUAUUUUCAAUGAGACCUUUAACUUCAACGUCCCCUUUGCUGAACUGCCCUCGCGUAAGCUUCAUUUUAGUGUCUAUGAUUUUGACCGCUUCUCCCGUCAUGAUAUGAUUGGCCAAGUCGUCCUGGACAACCUGCUGGAGAUUGCUGAGCGGGACAAUGAUGCUCCCCUCUGGCGGGACAUCAUGGAAGCCAGUUCGGAAAAAGCAGACCUUGGGGAGCUGAAUUUUUCCCUCUGUUAUCUGCCCACCGCUGGUCGUCUCACGGUUACCAUCAUUAAGGCUACCAACCUCAAAGCCAUGGACCUGACUGGAUUUUCUGAUCCCUAUGUCAAAGCAUCCCUCAUGUGUGAAGGGAGGCGCUUGAAGAAGCGUAAGACUUCCAUCAAGAAAAACACUUUGAACCCCAGUUACAAUGAGGCUCUUGUCUUUGACAUUCCCCAGGACAGCAUGGAGCAUGUCAGCAUUACCUUGGCAGUCAUGGAUUAUGAUUGCAUUGGGCAUAAUGAAGUCAUUGGCAUGUGUCGAGUGGGCAAUGAUGCUGAUUCGCCUGGGAGAGAUCAUUGGGCUGAGAUGCUGGCAAAUCCACGUAAGCCCAUUGAACAUUGGCACCAGCUAGUAGAGGAGAAGACUUUGAACAGCUAUAUCAACAAGAAUCCUCCAGCUCGAGAUAAACCUAGCAUCAUAGUAGAAAGCGUUCAUUCAGACUAAAGCAACCACCAGCAGCCCUUUGCCACCAGGGACUGGUUCCAGCAAUGUGCUCUCAGAACUUUCUGGAGUGUUAACGUUUCCUCAGAUCCAUCUGAGAGGAAGUGCCAAUAGGAGAUCAUCUGAGGGAAGGACUGCAAGUUCCUGCUUCCCUCAAUCCCCAUCUUCCCCAGAAAGUUUGCUGCCUGAUGCAUUUUUCUUUUCAAAAGCCAUAAGGGCAGCCAUCAAAGAGCAUUUUUCUUGUGGGAGGGAUAUAUUGUAUCUGGAAUAAAUAAAUAAAAAAGACCCCUCCCCCUAGUUUAUCUAAAUGGGGGUGGGAUCUUUUUUGACAUGCAUGCUAUUGGAGUCUUUGUUAUGGAAAGAGUCAAAAUGGUAAACUAGAAAUAUUAUCUAUUCUUUGUUUUUCAAAAUUGCUCAUUGGACAGGAAUUCACGAGGUUCUCCCUUUCCCCAUGGAGCUAUAUAGUAGAGUUCUUCAGACUGUUAUAGUUACAGUCUUUUUCAGGAGGCAUAAUAGGGGACAGGCAUGGCAGAUAACCAUUCUUCCUUCUACAUUCUAUCCUGUGUACGGGCUUCAAAUCUUCUCACGGCUGUGACUUUAGAGCCAGGUGACUGUUAACCCUUCCUCUCUUUCUUGUUUUCUUUUCACAACAGAUCUUUUGAAGGCAUGAAGGAAUGUCUUUGUGGGUGCUUGGUCUCAUAGGGGUGGGGGCAGAGUUUCUGCAUAGUACCAGAAAGCAUGCAGCACCCAUUACCUCAGUCUUCAUGAACCUCCAGCCCAAGAAUAGGAGGGAGGGAGAAGAAAAUUGGCAUUCUUUCCUCAUCACCCAACCUUGAUAGACAACUGUGUAAGUGACCCAGGAGGACUCCCUCUGGACAUCUCAGCCAAUUUGCCCUGCUAUGCCUUCUGCAUCAAGGACCACCAUGGAAUUAUCUUCCUACAGAUUAACAUCAGGCCUGUGACAUCAAAGUGGCUCCAUAAUGGACUAAAUUAAGGCCUACUUUCUAACCUGGAAUUAGAUUUGGGCUCAGUUUAACUCAGAAUAUCAACAGCCAGUUCUGGACUCUUUCAUAUGUAUGUGUAAAUGUUUGGGGGUGAGAUAAUAGUGUGACUCCUUUCCUAAGUCUCAUUAAGUUUGCUGCUUCUGGCUUUUGCAUGGUCACCCUCCACUCAAUUUGAGUGCGUGAGUGCUUCCCAGAUUUAAGCUAGGACAGCCUCUUGGUCAGAGAAUCAAGACGUUCUGGUUCUUGCCACUCAAGUCUCCACUGUGUUAUUUCCUUAUGUACCCCCCACCUCAUUUGUUUUUAAAUUUGGAAUGUCUUUUUCUUGUUCUCCCCCUAAGGUGCAUCCAUUUGUCAUUUUGUCUUGGUCUCUGAAGCUCAGUCCUGUUUAUGGUUGUUUUUUUGUUUUUGUUUUUUUGUUCUAAUUGUGUGAAAUAAAGGGAGGGGGGAGGGAUAAAACAGGAGAAUUAGCCCUGCUUCCUAAACUUCUGUUGCCCUUUUUUUGGAAAAGCCAUAUACUCUCCCAAUUGCUUGGCUAUAGAUUUCUGGCAUUAAUGGGAGAGGGAGGGGGCCAGACGGUGAUCUCUCUUCACAAUAGUUUGGAACUUGAAGUUGCUGCUAAAACCGUGACAUCAAUAAAACUGGAAGAAAAACAUA